GCGUCCUGAGAGCCGGGAUUGCCUGUGCCCGAGGUGCGCGUCCCUGACGGAUCCCGCCUCGGUAGCUACUGGUGGCUGCUCUGGAGGGAAUGUUAAACUAUCCUCGGUUGCUGUAAGAACCAGGAAAGCGGCUUCCCUUCCUUCUGAGGACUUUGGGUGAUGGAGGCAUAAAUCUGAGUGCCCAGCUGCUGCUGGCGGCUGUUAUUGAUGUGCUGCACAGCAAACCGAUUAAGGUAGCGCAGGGAAACAGAAAACUCGGAAUAACGACCCGGAAAACACUUCUGUCCCGUGGAAAAUAAAGUGCCGAGCUUCUUGGAGGCGUUUUUUUCCUACCUUCUGUACGUUACAAUUUGGGUACAUUUAAAGCAGUAUUUAACUGGAAUGAUCAUUUUUCAYUGCAUAUUUCAUUAAAAGAAGUGCAUAGCUGUCUUUUGAGCUUAGCAGASGGAAGAAAAACAGUAAGUUAGGUCCUGUCUUCUUGUCUCGGACCUUCUGGAUCCCAGAUCUACUGGAGGCUAAAGCCAUCUGCGCACGUACCCGCCCAUAGUUUGGUUUGAAAGCAGGAGCAAUCUCACUGCCAGCACUUAACCUGUGAUGGGGCCUUGUCUGCUGUGCAAAUGCAGUUUGCAAGGAGCGAAAGGAGCCAGGGGUACCUCGGCCUUGCUUUGACCCUUCUAGGAAAACAGAAUGAAGGAGCUAAUGUCCAACAGUACAACCAGUAUAUCCCAAGCGAGGAAAGCUGUGGAGCAAUUAAAAAUGGAAGCCUACAUGGAUAGGAUGAAGGUAUCCAAGGCUGCUGCUGAUUUACUGGCAUACUGCGAUGCUCACAUUGGAGAGGAUCCCCUUAUUAUUCCAGUGCCUGCAUCUGAAAAUCCCUUUCGGGAGAAGAAACUCUUUUGUACUAUCCUUUGAGUCCGUUUGCAGUUAAUGUGUCUUUUGUUAAAAUUUGUUACCAGGGAUGCAUGCUAUAACUCCUUGCAUUUUUUCUUCAGUUAUCAAUAAUUAACCCAUAAUUACAGUAUUUUAGGAGGUAGUGCAUUUUACGGUAAAUAACAUUGACUCCUAACAAAUUGAAGGCCAAUUAACAAAUUAAAUUUCAGUGCUUCAGAAAGAUUCAUUUGGCCGUAAUGAAAGUAUUAAGUACAUUAUCAAAUUGUAGAUUUCUUUGCCAGUCAUAGAUUUUYCUGAGACCUAAAUGAGUCAUACAGACGCCGAAACUGUUUUUAACAUUCGCAUUUUCUUUGGAAGGGAAAUUUAAUUUAUUUGCUUCAUUUGCUAUACMAAUUUAUUUUAAAAGAGUAGUGUGACCUUUCCUCAAGUAGCUCUCUUUAGGAAGGAAAUGACAGCGAUUUACGAUGUUUGUAAUAAUCAGCCCUCUGCAGUAUAUGAUAUUUACAAAUGUGUUUAGUGAAUGCUAUAAUAAACUUGACUACAAAAACAGUCUUAGUAAAGCAACAUUGUAACAGUAGACAAAAUAAAGAUG